AUGAAGGCGUAUCCGGAGCGAAAGUGUACGCUGUGGGAUAUACAGGUUGUUAGUCCGCCAGAUGUCGAUGGCAGGUCUCAGGCGCCCAAAGGUAUCAUCAAAUGCGAUGCAGGAACGUGGGAGAAUGGCUACGAAGUGCCGCUGUCUAUCAGUCACGAUGGGAAUUAUGCGACAGCUACGGCUCUUGGAUAUAUGAGUCCGGUCGUCGACAGCACAGCGCGAGCUCCCCCUCCAGUGGCCACAAUACCUACUCCAACCUCAUCUCGGUUGACUUCCCCGUCGAAUGCCUGGCAGUCGUGGCCACUGGACGAGCUCGAGACCUUUUGUCGUAUUGCUAAUCGGCUUGCUAAAUAUUUCAGCAGGUAUUGCGAAGUAGAUGCUUUGAGGGGGGCUCGUUGGGUUCUGAUCAAAACCAUAAGAGAACAAACAAAGAAGCCUGAAAAUAAUCUAAAACUAUCUAGCGUCUCUGAUAUGCUAUCUUUUGGCGUCGUCGACAAUCAUUCCACCCGACUUGUUGAUCUCAAACCAAAUGUCGAGCUGGAAGCUAGGUGUAGAACCCUCUAUGAAGAACACAUGGAACCCGAAUCUAAUAAGCGGGUGACCCGUUCAGUUGAACUUUUCGUUGGCAAAUUCAGUGAUUUUGAUUUGGAGAUUUCGGAGUCGCCGAAAGAUAGAGCAAUGAAGAUGCAACGAGGUAUUUGGAAGGGGCCAACUAAAUGGAUUCCUCGAAGUGAACUCAGCACUGAAGACAAUGUGGUCCAAGAGGCAACCAAUGGAGAUCUGCACAAGAGGAAGCAGCUUGACAAAAAGCAAGAAGUGCCAGAAGAUUCUGUAGACGGCAACGAACAUGAUGCUGAGGAGAGAAAGCUGCGGGCUGCACUAGACCAAUAUAUUUCUCGUCGGCAAGGGGCGUCGCUCCCUGCUAGUAAGAUUUUAAAUUCACUACCUCAAUCUCUCUAA